AUGGAGCACGACUCCCUUGUUUCCGUCCGCCUCUCUGGGUCUUCGAGGUCUUCACUCCAAAUCGACACGAAUGUUUCCCCACCACGAAACAAUGUCGGGGGCCUCGAAGACUCACCCUGCGCGUCGUCAACCGAUGAUGCGGAGACCGAAACGAUCAAGGAAGAAAAGAACGACGAGGAUCGUCAUGAGGAAGUAAAGACGCUGGCGUCGACAUACAGCCCAAGCUUGCGGGAAGAGCUUGAGAGCGUGCAAGAGGGCGAUGAGGAAGCAGAAGACGACAACGAUGAUGCACGCAGUGAGGGCUCAAGCGCUGAAUCCGAGGAUGUGAAUUGGGACGAUCUGCAAAAGAAAGAAGAUGAGCAGGUCAAAGAGCAAGAUGUAGAUAAUACACAGUCGACUGCGAUGCUGCUAGCGAAACUGGAGCAGGAAAACAACAAGAUCGCGACAAAUCCCAAGAGUGUCAAGGUUGCCGCCGUGGAAAAGGUCGCUUCGCCAGGCCGCAAACCGAGACCACCAUCCAUGGCGCAGCUACGACAAAUGGUCAAUGGACCAACCCCUCCUGCUCUCAGAUACUCGGUCCUGCCACCACCGCCCAUGACUGAGCUCGAAUUCUACAUGGCCCUGGUCAAAGAUCCGAAGCAGACGGCAGCCAGGCUUCCCACUCUGCUCUCCAACAAGAUCAGAAAGGGUAUCCCGCCGCCGCUGCGCGGUGUGGUGUGGCAGAGCAUGUGCGGUGCUCGUGACAAGGACCUCGAGGACGUGUUCGAACGGUUAUCUGGCGAGUCAAGCCCAUAUGAGGGCAUCAUUGGCAAAGAUCUCGGACGAAGCUUCCCCGGCGUGGAGAUGUUUAGGGAUCCCGAGGGCGACGGACAGCGCAUGCUUGGUCGUGUGCUCAAGACGUUCAGUCUGUACGACACGAAAAUCGGGUACUGUCAGGGACUUGCGUUUCUGGUCGGACCCUUGUUGAUGCACAUGCCGGACAAACAUGCAUUUUGCGUUUUGGUUAGGUUGAUGGAGAACUACGAUCUGCGCCAUUGCUUUGUGCCCGACCUGUCCGGACUGCACGUCCGAAUCUACCAAUUUACCGAACUGCUGAAGCAGCAUCUGCCCGUGGUGGCGGACCAUCUCGAAGACUUGGGCGUCGAGCCGGCCUAUGUUUCACAAUGGUUCCUGUCCUUCUUCGCGGUGACCUGCCCCCUGCCCAUGCUGUUUCGCAUCUACGAUGUGAUAUUUGCGGAGGGGGCCUCGGAAACGAUUAUGCGAGUAGCGCUGAGUCUGAUGCGCAAGAAUGAGGGCCGCAUCCUGGCGUGCACGGAGAUGGAGGACGUCAUGCAGCUGCUUUUGUCUCGCGGCUUGUGGGAUUGUUACCACUACAAUGCGGACGAGUUCGUCCAGGACUUUGUCGCAUUGUCGGACGUGGUCACCCGGGAACGAAUGGCAUUGCUCGAGCAGGGGUACCGGGAAGCCAAGAUUCCUCCAAGCGCCAAUCCCAAGAGCGAAGAUGCGCCAGGGUCUGAUGUUGCAACAGCAGCCUCCCGCUUUCUGGGUCGCUUGUGGGCUUCCUCAUCAACCCCGAAAUUGGCCUCUUUCGCGUCGGCAGUUCAGGGGUCCUCCACCGCGUCCUCGUCUUCGCCCACCACCAUUUCGUCUGGUAGUACCCUUAGCCCCGGUCUGUCACGUCCCCUCAGCAUGCUCCGCCGCAGCACAUCGAAACAGAGUAUAGCUUCUACAUUCAAUUCCAUGGAGGCUGCAUCACAGUCAUCAUCAGCGUCGUCGUCGGCCAGUGUCUUGAGCUCUGCUUCGACCGAAGCGACGUCGGUCCAGUCGCGCGACAGCUCCACCACCGUCGACCACGAUUCAUCAAGGGACUCGGUGGCGCUUGGCAGCAGCGCCGCUAGCACCAAAGCCAAACAGGCGCACUUCUCGGUUACCCCCAGCCUCUACCAAGACGACCGAAAGCACCUGCACACACAGAUCGAGGACCUGCUCACCGCCCUUAGCGAACUACAACGGAACCAUGCCCUGCUGGCCAGCCAAUUGCAGAAGGAAAGAGAGGAGCGCGAAGAAGAUCGCCAGGCUGUCCGCUCGUUGCUCGACGGUCUACGAAAGAAGGCGAACCCUGCACAGUCGUAUGCGGCGGCAGCAAGAGAAGCCGAAGAAGACGACGAAGCCCCGAAUAAAGAUGUCGAAAUCGACCUCAGCCCCGAGGAGCUGUCCGACCUGCUCGACUUUGUCGCCGACCGAUUCAGCGAAGAAGAUCCCAACAAGGCGGCAAUACCCCAAACUAAGGAGCAGCUGCACGAGGACCUUGUACGAGUAAGAGAGCAAUUAUCGAACGAACAAGCAAAGACACAGGAAUGCAACCGCAGGAUACACGACAUGGAGCAAGAGAUGGCUACCAUGAAAGAACAACUGAGGGAAACCCACGCCCAUGUGCGCAACAUGCAUGCGGAAAAGCAGCGCCUUGAGCGCCAAAUCCACGGCAUGCGGGUUAGAGCCUCAGACACCACGCCUUCCUCGGAAGGAGGCGACUGGUUUGGGCGCUCAUCGGUGGGCGGCAGCAGCGUGUCCGGCAGCGGUCUGCGCGAGUUGAAGCUCGUGCGCAGCAAGUCCUCGCCUGCGCCACCUCCCGUGUAUCCUACCAAGCGAUCCUCCAGCAUGAUGACUACCUCGACGCUGGCCUCCACCCACAGACGCAACACUAGCAAUUCUACCGCCAUCUCGGCAAUGACCUCCAACUCCCCUCCGGCUCCGGCGCCCGUCUCUCUGGCAGCGGCAAGCCCCGCCAACACGGGUCAGGCCCCGACCAACGAAAACGAUGCGCUCUUGCUCGAGCUCGUGCAGGCCAAGACGGCCGAGGCCAUGGCCAAGCAGGAGGCCGAAGAGGCGAGGCAACAGCUCGAAAGGAUGCGCAAGGCAUUUGGGCUGGCACCAGGUGAGAUGCCGUCGAUGAACUCGCAGUCAGCACAUAAUAGCAUGGCUGGCAUGUUUGGGCGGUUGACUGGCCCUUCUACGCCUGAUGGCGGCCCCGGGUUGCAGAAGGUGGUCACCUCGCCGCCGGCGACGUCAGCUGGGAAUACUGCCAGUGGUGCUAGCUUUUGGGGUUGGGGAAGGAAGUGA